AUGCCGCCGAUAAUUUCUCCAGCUCAGCCGCUACACCGCCGCCGUUCCUUUGCCUGCUACGUUUUCCUCGCCAUACUAACACUACUCUUCUUCGCAGCUGUAUGUUUUCUCAUUACAUGGGUUGUUACCAAACCCAUGAAACUUCAUUACAGUGUCGACGCGUCGGUCCAAAAAUUUAACCUCACCGACGACAAUCACAUGUCCGCUACAUUCAAACUCACCAUCCGGUCGCAGAACCCUAACCACAGAAUCUCGGUCUACUACAAUUCCGUCGAGAUAUUCGUGAAAUUUAAAGACCAGACGCUCGCCUUCGACACGAUGGAGCCGUUUCACCAACCGCGGAUGAACAUUACGAGGAUUGAUGAAACGUUGGUCGCGCAGAACGUUGCGGUUUCGAAAUCCAAUGGUAAGGAUUUGAGGGCUCAAACUGCUUUGGGAAAGCUUGAUCUUGAAGUGUAUGUUAAAGCGAGGGUUAGGUUUAAAGUCGGUAUAUGGAAGUCAGCACGUCGUACGGCGAAAAUUGAGUGUUCUCCUGUCACGGUCUCUUUGUCACGUUUAAAUAAAUCUCAAAAUAGUUCAUGCGAUGCUGAUAUUUGA